CGUUGUCCUCUUGUUCUUUGGCUAGAAAUUUAUGGACUGCACCGCGAGCCUUCACAAUCACGUGUACGCGAAGCAGAAAGGCGAAAGCAGACAGACAACGUGCGUUUGCGUGAGAGCUGUUGCGUGAGCUGUUGUGUGAGCUGUUGUGACGAUCUUCUGCGUUGGACAAAGCAGGAUGCUGUCUUCUCGGAAAGCAGCUGGUGGUGUGUACCACGAGGAUGCGCAUGGAUCGAAGCGCGCAAAGCGGUGGGAGGUGAGGGAUGCGGAGGAAGAUGAGCUGGAAGACGACGUGCUUGGCGGUGCCAGCGACGACGAGGACGAGCGUCCACAUGCCGAGAAGAAGAACGCCGGCAUGGGUGAGGAGGCAGAGGAAGACAUGUUCGUGGAGGACGUGGAAGGCAGAGAUCACACCGCAGAUGAUGAGGACUCUUCUGAACACGAGGAGGAUAACCACAAGAAGGGCAAGAAGGGCAAGAAGGGCAAGAAGCAUGUGUUGGGCGCAAACGAUGCCAAGCUCAAGUCCCUGGAAACAGCCGUGUUUGGACACGGCGAAGACGCUAUCAAGGACGUCAUCAGUAUCUACGACAAGGAACCUGUGAGAGGUCCUGUGCUGGACGACAAGGUGCCGGCGUGGGUUGACGAGGACGACGAAGAAGUCAGUGUUGACAUUGGCGCACAAGCGCGCCUUCGCAAGCUGCGUGACGAUGCCGAUGAUGAGGUUGUCUCUGGGUCGCGACUGGAGAGCAAGUUGCGGCGACAGUUUGAGAAACUGCACGGACGGCCCGCGUGGGCGCAGGAGGAUUUGCGUACAGCCGCCAUUGAGGAGCAUGGCGACGUCGAUGGCGACGAUACGGCACUCCUCAGAUCAACAAAGCCGCUGCUUGCGUCGAGCCGAUCGCGGCUGAUCCGGGGCGUCGUUGACAUUUCGCGGCUGGCGGACGCCAACCAGGCCAAGCGCUCCUCUGCCGUCGUGCAGGCCGUCCACUUCCACCCGUCUGCCCCCGCCAUCCUUACAGCUGGCCUCGACAAGACCCUCAGAAUAUUCCAGGUUGACGGCCGCAGGAACAAGCUCAUGUCCUCCACGUUUGUGCGCAACCUCCCCAUGUACAGCGCUGCCUUCUCCCCAGACGGAACAGAGGUGAUCAUGUCUGGCCGUCGCCCCUUUUUCUACUCGUUUGACCUCGAAACAGGAUCCGUCACAUGCACGCCCUACCUCGCAGGGCGGAAGGAGCAGAGCUUGGAGCGCAUGUGUUUGUCCCCAGAUAACCAGUUUAUCACCUUUACCGGUCGUGAUGGCCACAUGCUCCUCGUCUCACGCAAGACGAAGCAGCUGAUUGGGACGCUGAAGAUGAACCAGUCGUGCCGCAAGGCCGCGUUCUCCCGCGAUUCCCGCUACCUCUACACAACAGGAAACGAAGGGCGCGUGUACAUCUGGGACAUGAACACGCGGGACUGCAUCAACGUGUUUGAGGACGAGGGCUGCCAGAUUGCCACCGCCAUUGCGGUCUCUCCAGACAACAAGUCCAUCGCAGUUGGGUCUGAUGCCGGUGUUGUGAAUGUGUAUGAUGACGUGUGUAUGUCAUCGCGCGCACCAAAGCCGCGCAAGUCUUUCCUCAACCUCACCACCACCAUCGAUAACCUUUCCUUCAACCACGACGGGAGCGUGCUGUGCAUGUCGAGCCGCAUGCGACGGAACGCCAUCCGUCUCGUGCACAUGCCCUCACUCACCGUCUUCAAAAACUGGCCCUCAACACGGACCAACCUUCGCUUCACACACUCGCAGGCAUUCUCUCCGCACGGCAAAUACCUUGCGCUGGGCAACGAUGGCGGGCAGGUGCCGCUGCUGCGGCUCAACCACUUUGCACAGUACUAAACCACGCAUGUGCGCACGUGUACGCGUUGUCGCUUGACUGGGCACUGUGGUCCCUCGCUGUUGUUUCUUGUCGUUGUCAUCGUUUCUUGUCGUCGUCGUUGUUGUCACUUUGGUGAUCGCUACCCCACCUGCGCACCACUCGUGUGCAUUUUUUUUGCUUCCGUUGGUGUGUUGUGUAUUGGUCGUUCACGUCACCUUAAACCCUCAGCUAAAUGUGAAACA